UUCAGCUUUGCUCCGAAUAAUGGUUUUAGCGCAAACUGCAAGUCCAAACUGUUUUGUUUUGUUUUGUGGGUUCGUCGUGUAUAUAGUCCAAACUGUUUUGUUUUGUUCGGUUGAGUCGUUCGUCUGAACUGAUCGGAGUACUGCUAUACUGCACACAUCAUCUCGUGUUUUUCUGUCUGCACUACCUCUGUACCCGCACAUAUUAUGGCACCUGACGGGCGACGUGGCAGUUCGAAUCGUGGGCGUGGGCGACCUCGCGGAUCCGGACGUGGUGUCACCAACACAAGACGAAGCACCCGAAGCGCAACUACUAAUCCCGGUAUCACCAAAAAGAAAUCGGCAAUGGAACAACAAUUAGAACUACUGAAGAAACAGAUCGCUGAUCUAUCGGCAUCCGUCGCCACAGUAGUUCCGGCAUCCGACAACAGUGUGCGGUCGUUUUCUCCGUUAUCAAGCCGUGUUCGAAUCGAGAACUCCGGCAAGUCCGGCAAGUCCGCCAGUUUACAGCACCGCCUGCGCGACCUAUCACCUGUGUCUGACCCAGAUAAAUCGAUUUCUCAUGUUAGCGCCAAAUGCCGAUUUGAACCCCACGCCAGUGCCGGAAAAUAUCUUGCGCGAGCUUUACGAUUAUCACCUGAUGUAUCAUUAAAUUCUCUUGACUCAACUAUUAAUAAACUGCGUUCUAAUCAUAUUGCGACAUCUUCCCGGAAAACUUAUCAGAGUGCGUUAAACAGAUUUAUUGAGUUUUGCAGAAAGUUUCGCCUGUCUUCGGCACACAUUACUAAAUCUACCGUAUUACGUUACGUGGCAUUUCUCUUCGAAAGCGGCUUAUCUUAUUCAUCAGCUAAAGUUUAUUUAUCAGCACUUUUUAAUGCAUUCAGAGAAUGUGGUCUCAGUUUUGAGUUCAAUGCACCGAAUAUUUCACAAUGUCUCAUUGGUUACAAGCGUCUGCGCGGUACUGUUUCUGAUCGUAGACUACCAAUUACUAUCGAUCAUAUGCGAAUUAUGAAACUUAACAUCGACUGCUCCUCCCUUCUGUCACCCUUUGAAAAACACUUAUACUGGAGGGAACGGCCAGCUGGCAUGCUCCCGCACACCCGCUACACGGGCAUUCGGGACUGUCACGCUGAGCGGUACAGCGCACUGGAUGUGCCUGCUACAGCCCGUUCUCAAACAACCGACAUCCUGCAAACGCCCAAUUUCAAUACCGUCCCGCCAUUUGAAAGCGAAUGCAAAUUAAACUGUGAUCGGCUGUGUGCGGCUGUCUCUGUGAUCGGCUGUGUGCGGUGA